CGCAGCCCCGCGUGCACUGCGAGCCCCGCCAUCUCUCGCGGUUCCUUCACUCCUCUCAGCCCGCAGCCCCUCGCCGCCGCCAUGCCCAUGUUCACCAUCCACACCAACGUCUGCAAGGACGCCGUGCCCGACAGCCUGCUGGGCGAGCUCACCCAACAGCUGGCCAAGGCUACCGGCAAACCCGCGCAGUACAUAGCUGUGCACAUCGUACCUGAUCAGAUGAUGUCCUUUGGGGGCUCCACGGAUCCCUGCGCUCUCUGCAGCCUCUACAGCAUUGGCAAAAUCGGAGGGCAGCAGAACAAGACCUACACCAAGCUGCUGUGCGAUAUGAUUGCAAAGCACUUGCACGUAUCUGCAGACAGGGUGUACAUCAACUACUUCGACAUAAACGCUGCCAACGUGGGCUGGAACGGUUCCACCUUUGCAUAGAGCUCUCCCUCCUGUGCCCAAAGGCUGCUCCCAUUCCUUCCCUCAUGCUGCCCGUUAGAGACCACCACACAGCCGGCCCUGUGCUACUUGUGUGCACUCACGGAUGGAUGGCUCCUCGUUAGUGUGUUUCAGUACUGCUGCUUCAACAUUCCUCUGUUUUCUCUGUGUAGAAAACAAAUAAAGAUUUAGAAAUAA